AUGUCAAGGAUUGUCUCCCUAGAUGGUAUCCAGGGUCUGAUGAUGGAGUCAGCAGGUGAUGGGACGGAACUCCUAAGGUACACAUCCUAUCUUAUCCUGUUAGGGCUCGUUGGAUUCGUCAUGUCAAGGAUUGUCUCCCUAGAUGGUAUCCAGGGUCUGAUGAUGGAGUCAGCAGGUGAUGGGACGGAACUCCUAAGGUACACAUCCUAUCUUAUCGUGUUAGGGCUCGUUGGAUUCGUCAUGUCAAGGAUUGUCUCCCUAGAUGGUAUCCAGGGUCUGAUGAUGGAGUCAGCAGGUGAUGGGACGGAACUCCUAAGUCACACAUCCUAUCGUAUCGUGUUAGGGCUCGUUGGAUUCGUCAUGUCAAGGAUUGUCUCCCUAGAUGGUAUCCAGGGUCUGAUGAUGGAGUCAGCAGGUGAUGGGACGGAACUCCUAAGUCACACAUCCUAUCGUAUCGUGUUAGGGCUCGUUAGAUUUGUCGUGCCAAGAGCUUUCUCAUAA